AUGGUUAUAAAGAGCUGCAGCACCACACACCGCUCCUCAAAGACACGACUGCUGAAACCAGCCGACAUCAAGGAGACGUCCAGCCGACAUCAAGGAGACGUCCAGCCGACAUCAAGGAGACAUCCAGCCGACAUCAAGGAGACGUCCAGCCGACAUCAAGGAGAUGUCCAGCUGACAUCAAGGAGACAUCCAGCCGACAUCAAGGAGAUGUCCAGCCAACAUCCAGCUGACAUCAAGGAGACCCGACAUCAAGGAGACAUCCAUCUGACAUCCAGCCGACAUCAAGGAGACAUCCAUCUGACAUCAAGGAGACGUCCAGCCGACAUCAAGGAGACGUCAAGCCAACAUCAGGGAGACAUCCACCCGACAUCAAGGAGACGUCAAGCCAACAUCAGGGAGACAUCCAGCCGACAUCCAUCUGACAUCAAGGAGACGUCCAGCCGACAUCCACCUGACAUCAAGGAGACAUCCAGCCGACAUCCAGCUGACAUCAAGGAGACGUCCAGCGGAUGUCCAGCAGACAUCCAGUGGACAACAAUGACUCAUCACCAGCUGACCAGGACUCUCUGUUCUCUGGGAGGAAACUGCACAUCCUUCCUGUCUGAUCAUCAUCACAGCAGGAUGUCGAAGGUUCUCCACCUUCAUGGCCACAUCCCAACACACCACACUCACCUGAAGCCUCACCUGUUCCCCACGGUUGACGUUCCUGACCACACCCACUACAUCAUCGGCUCUGUCAUCCUGUUGGUAGGGGUGAUGGGCAUGCUGGGAAACGGUCUGGUCAUCUACGUGUUCUGUCGCAGUCCGACACUUCGUUUGCCCAGCAACCUGCUGGUGGUCAACCUGGCGGCAGCAGACUUCAUGAUGUCUCUGACGCAGUCUCCCGUCUUCUUUGUGUCCAGCCGACAUCACCACUGAGUGUUUGGGGAGCUCGCCUGUGAGCUGUACG